AAAGAAGUCCAAAUAAAGGAGUACAAAAACAGGAGGAUAAGAGAUCUAAUGAUGAUAAGCAUGAAAUUCCAAAUAAAAGGGUAGAAAGUUGUUAUAGCAAUGGUAAUAAGAAUAAGAAGGUACAUAAAAAAGAUACAUCUAAUUAUCGCAAAAUAACAGAUGACCCAGAAGAUCUGAUAAGGGAUGUCCAGAGCUUAUUCGAUGUUAAAUGUGGCUGUGAAAGUAGAAUCGAUAUUAGAAAAGAUGAAUGCAAGGCAAAUAAUAAUGAUACACCAGUAUAUACUUCUUCUA